UUUUUACGAGACGGCGUCGGGACUGCGAGUUUGCACAACUUUUCAGGUCCGCAGAAUAAAAAAAAGGACAGGAAGCAGACAAACUAAAACGGAUAUUACAAUCCCUACCCGUUUUGGGAGCAAGACUCAUCGCGCGCGCGCGCCGCUCCGUUCAGUAAAUGAGUGUGGCACGAGGACACACCACCGCUUUUCCACUCAAGUGACUUCAAAACUUUCUCUCGGGCGGCUUGCGUUGAGAAAUUCAGGCUUUUCUGGGUUCCUGAGCCGCCUGGAAAAAUGUGGACGCGGACAGGAGCGCGAACGGGUUGUGUUUUUAUCCUCUUGGUGCUCGGGUCGCAUCUCAUUAACGUGGCGGAGAGCUCGAAGGUAUGGGGCGAGGUGCCGUUUCUGGGUGAUCUCGAGACGGCCAGCGUGUCAAGGCAUCAGCGCUACCUUGAAGAUGACGAAGACUUCAGCAAUGAUGAAGCUUCAGGAUAUUCAAUCAGUGGAGAAGAGGAUGGAAGUACCCCAGAGCCACCGGUGGUUGACUUGACUACGAUUUACUAUCGUGCUCUGGUCAACUUCACGGACUCUUUCACAUACGGGCCUGAGCUUGACGACAUCGAAUCCGCCACCUUCCAAGAAAUCUCUGCUGCCAUUGUUGACACACUUGAAUCUGAGUACUUCAGGAUACCAGGAACCCAGAUGGUCAAUGUGGUGCUCAUCAAGCAAAUCGGUAAGGACGUGUUCGUGGAACUGGACGUGGGCUCGGAGGACAACUCGAACGAAUCCCAGAUCCGAGGUGUGCUUUUCUCGGUGGUCAGCGAUGGAUCCAUUGCAUCCUACGUGACCUCCGUCAGGGGCUUCGAGUUUAGACGCCUGGGAGAACCUGAUACGGCCGUCCAUGUGGAGCCUCUAGCUUCUCCAGUGAAGCCCAGUCCACCUGUGCCCUGUUCCAGCGACGAGUUCAGCUGUAGAACCGGAGUGUGUAUCCCUCUGAGUUUUGUCUGUGACAACAGACCCGACUGUCUGGACAUGAGCGAUGAGAUUAAUUGCACUGUUCCAGCUACUCCUCCACCCAUUCCAAUACCACGCACCACAGCAGAGAUCAAAACCCCUCCGCGUCCCGGGCCGUGCCGCGCCGAUCAGUUUUCCUGUCAGAACGGACAGUGCGUCUCCCAAGACUACGUGUGUGAUGGAGAGACCGACUGCAGCGACGGAAGUGAUGAGCAGAAAUGUGGAACUCCUUCACCCUGCGAACCCAACGAGUUUAAGUGCCGUAACGGGCGCUGCGCUCUCAAACUGUGGCGCUGCGACGGAGAUAACGAUUGCCAUGACAACUCUGACGAGAUCGAUUGUCCUGCUAGAAAGCCUGGGGAUGUGUGCGCUCCGGAGCAGUUCAGGUGUCUGAGUGACCAGACCUGCAUUCCUGCCAGCUACCAGUGUGACGAGGAGCCGGACUGUCCUGACCGCUCUGAUGAGUACGCCUGCGCUGCUCCAGUUGUAACCAGCCCUCCAGAACAGUCCAUUACAGCAUCACGAGGUCAGACGGUGACCUUUACCUGCACCGCUAUAGGAGUACCCGUUCCCAUCAUUACCUGGAGGCUUAACUGGGGGCACAUUCCAUCCAGUAACAGGAUUACGAUGACCAGUGAGAACGGCCACGGGACACUGACAGUCCGUGAUGUGAAGGAAGGAGACCAGGGCGCGUACACGUGUGAAGCCAUAAAUGCUAAAGGCUUGGUGUUUGCCAUUCCAGAUGGAGUGCUAACCCUGUCUCGAGUCCCCAGUAACUGUCCCGAAGGACACUUUAACGUCGGCGGUCGCUGCGUGCCCUGCUUCUGCGCCGGCAUCACCAAGAACUGCCAAAGCACCAGACGCUACCGCAGUCAGAUCUCACUUCGCUUCACAGAGGAGGAAAACUUUAAAGGAGCCAACGUGUCGUUCCCGUCUCGGCCAGGCACUCCUCCGCCCCUCUCCUCCACUCAGAUGAUAGUGAAUCCAGAUGUGGGGGAGUUCCAGCUGGUGGAUUUGUCUCGCCGUUUCUUGGACCUGGAAUCCUACUGGACUCUUCCACGCCAGUUCCUGGGCAGCAAGGUGGACUCCUACGGAGGAUAUUUGAGAUAUCAGGUGAGCUACUUGCUGCAGAGGGAAGGCUCCGAGCCAGUGGACAAGCCUGACGUGGUGCUGAGGGGUAACGGCAACAGACUCCUUUACCGGCGCGGCUCUCCCACAAACCCCAACGUCAAAAAUCAGAGAGAGAUCAAAUUCACUGAGGAAAACUGGCAACACUCAUCUGGGCAACCGGUGAGUCGCACGGAUCUCCUGAUGACCCUGGCUAACCUGGAAAGCAUCAGCAUCCGCACCAUCUACAACAACCGCAUGGCCAGCGUGGGUCUGAGUGACAUCGUCAUGGAUACCACCACCGCUGCGUUCAGCCUAGAGGGCCAGCCUAGAGACGUGGAGGAGUGCAGGUGUCCGCCUGGUUACUCCGGCCUGUCCUGUGAGUCAUGUACUUCCGGGUUUGAGCGGGUACCAGGGAGUCCUUACCUGGGCACAUGUGCUGGCUGUAAUUGCCACAACCACGCCAGUGCCUGUGACCCUGUCAGUGGACACUGCCUGAGUUGUCAGCACAAUACAGAGGGACCGCAGUGUGAUAAAUGCCGGCCCGGCUAUUUCGGUGAUCCCAGUCGGGGCCGACCAGACGACUGUAAGCCUUGUCCUUGUCCUUACACAGAGACUUCUCGCAGGUUUUCAGACACUUGCUUCCUGGAUGUAGACAACCAGGCCACAUGCGACGCUUGCGCACCAGGCCACAUAGGACGCCGCUGUGAGAAGUGUGCAUCCGGAUAUGUUGGAAAUCCUCUACAGCCCAGUGGCAAAUGCGUUCCAUACAGCGAAGAUUAUACACGAUGUGACAACAAAGGAACGAUCAGUUCCAGCAGCAGACCAUGCAACUGCAAGGCCAAUGUGGCCGGAGCUUUGUGCGACGAGUGCAAGCCAGGAACCUUCCAUCUUUCUGCCGGAAAUCCAGAAGGCUGUCUGCAGUGUUUCUGCAUGGGAGUGACCAAGGAAUGUGCCAGCUCUACCUGGACCAGAGAUCAGGUAAGAGGUGGCGUCAACGGCCAGCUGUUUUCUCUCCUCAACGAAGGCAACACUCGCACCAUCACAGAGGGUAUAACCCAAAGGGGCGGCUCUGAGAUCGUCUAUCGCUCGUUCGCCAACAUCCCCCACGACAUCUACUACUGGGUGCUGCCCGAGAGCUUCCGGGGAGACAAGGUGACGGCGUACGGAGGAGAGCUGCGCUACAGGGUGCGUUAUGAGCCACGCGCAGUCUCUGUGGUGAUCGAAAACAAACCUGAUGUGGUUCUCCAGGGUAACAGCAUCUUCCUGGAGUACUACACGCAGUCCAAGAACCUGCCCCGAGUCCCUUCCACCGUCGUCGUUCCCUUCCGGGAGUCUGCGUGGAGGAGAGCCGACGGCCAGCCGUGCACCAGAGAGCACCUCCUGAUGGCCCUGGCUGAUGUCUCCGUCUUCAUGAUCAGAGCCACUUACGCAGACAACAUGGCCGAGAGCAGUGUUGCUGACAUCCAGAUGGAUAUCGCGGUGCCACGUUCCACCGGGAACGAGAGGGCUCUUGAAGUGGAGGAGUGCGCUUGUCCUCGAGGCUACAGAGGGCCGUCCUGCCAGGAUUGUGACGUGGGAUACACACGCACAGGAUCGGGUCUCUACCUUGGCACCUGUGAGAAGUGCGAGUGCCAUGGACACGCCAGCAGCUGUGACUCAGAGACGGGCGCAUGCUUGCAAUGCCAGCACAACACAGCUGGACCCAGAUGUGAAAGAUGUCAAGCUGGUUUCUAUGGUGAUCCGGUGACUGGCGGUAUACACGCGUGCAGGCCAUGUCCUUGUUUUGGACCCACAUCUGGAAGCAGCGAGGCGAAGUCUUGCUACUUGGACAGAGAUGGACAGCCUACAUGCAACUGCCCUGUUGGUUAUACUGGAAGGCGUUGUGAGGGAUGUUCACCUGGAUACACCGGUAAUCCCACACGUGGACAGGGUUGCACUCCAGAAAGUGGGAGAUGCCAAAACUGUGACCGGCGUGGAAGCGAAGGCUGCAGUUCAGACGGGAACUGUCGCUGCAAGAUGAACGUAGAGGGCCCUUCAUGCUCCAUCUGCAAGCCUGGCACCUUCAACCUCAGCCCCGCCAACAAAGAUGGCUGCAUGCCGUGCUUCUGCAUGGGAGUCACUCAGAAGUGCGUCGGUUCGUCCUUGCACAGAGAUUUGAUCACCACCGUGUUUACUCCUGGAAAUGCCCAAGGCUUCGCUCUUGUGAACCGGCAACGCACCAACCGUAUCAGCAACGGCUUCUCGGUGGAGUUGUCCACAGACGGAACUCAGCUCUCGUUCACCAACUUCGAGCACCACAGCCAGGAGCCUCACUUCUGGCAGCUGCCAUCGAGCUACCAGGGAGAUAAGAAGCAGAAUCCCUCUAAACGUAUGAAACGCUCUCCCAAGUCAUCCGGCAACGACGUUCGUCGUAAACUGGACGAGGAAAUCUGGGAGCUCAUCAGCAACUUCUCGCAGGGCCCUCCUGCCUCCUUGUUCUCUUCAUCCUCCAGUUCUACUUCCUCUAGUUCAGAGCAUCGUUCAGGUGCACAUGCCCCCAUUCCUCAUUUACUCCCUUCAGGCUUACAAUCAUCAGUGUGGGCUUCUGGGCCCCACCCCGGUGCACCAGGCCAUUCUCCACACCAUAUCCCAGUCAAGGAUAAGCUCAGAAAAAGCGCAGUGGAACCUGCCAAUGCCGCCCCACCCGGUUCCUCCAACAAGUACUCUCUAGUCUACAAAGGUUUUAGCUCGCACUCGGAGGACGUGCUCUUCUGGAAGCUUCCUGACAGGUUUCAUGGGGACCAGGUUCAAGCCUACGGAGGAAAGCUCAAAUACACCAUCUCCUACGUUCCUGGGCCGAGAGGCGCUCCGAUAGAGGAUGUCGACAUCCAGAUCAUUGGCAAUGACAUCACCCUAGUGGCUCGACAGGAUUGGAGGAGAGGGCAGGGGACGAGAGAGACCCGUCAGUUCGAGUUUGUCUUCCGAGAGGAGUACUGGCAGCGUCCUGAUGGCAUGCCCGCCACUCGGGAACACCUGCUGAUGGUUCUGGCUGACCUGGAUGACAUCCUGAUCCGAGCCUCUUACCACACAGUCAUGCGCUCGUCCAGCAUCUCAGGGGUCAGCAUGGAAACCGCCGUGACGUACUUUACCAACCGGGAAAGAGCUGUGGACGUGGAGCAGUGCUAUUGCCCACCUGGGUAUCGGGGCCUGUCCUGUCAGGACUGUGCUCAGGGCUACACACGCACAGGUGGAGGACUCUACCUCGGCCACUGUGAGCUGUGUGAAUGUAACGGCCAUUCUGACUCCUGUCACCCAGAGACCGGCAUCUGCACGAGCUGCCAGCAUAACACCAUGGGUGAGCUGUGUGAGCAGUGUGCUGCCGGGUUCUUUGGAGACGCCUCCGCCGGAACCCCAGAGGACUGUCAGCCCUGCGCCUGUCCCCAUACUGACCCUGAGAACCAAUUCUCGCCCACUUGCGAGAGUCUGGGUAACGGGGACUACCAGUGUACAGCCUGUCAGCCGGGCUACACGGGGCAGUACUGCGAGCGCUGUGCACCCGGAUAUGUUGGAAAUCCACAACAGAGGGAAAAAUGCCGGCCUUAUAAUGCUGCCUCUCUGGUGGUGAAGGUGUACCCUGAAAGGGUGCAGGUGUCUCAGGGCAGCUCGGUCACCCUCAGGUGCCAGGCAUCUGGACCUCCACCACACAGUUUCUUCUGGACACGUGAAGACGGACGUCCCAUCUCCAGCUCAGCCGACAGACGCAGACAAGGAGAAGAGUUGCAUUUCUCCACCGUUCAGCCUUCCGACGCUGGCGUAUACACAUGCACCUGCCGUAACCAGCUCAACACCAACCGCAGCCGGGCUGAGAUCAUCAUAACAACUUCUCCAUCCAAACCUAUCGAGGUGUUCAUCGAGGAGCCGAAACGCCAGCUUGUCAUCCCCGGAGCUACGGUGAACUUCAUCUGCACCGCCAAGAGCCAAUUCAAAGCGUACACGCUUGUGUGGACGCGUCGGGGCAACGGCAAACUCCCCGACCGUGCUAUGGACUUCAAUGGCAUCCUGACGAUCCAGAACGUCCGCCCCGAAGACGCCGGGGAAUACGUGUGCACCGGCUCCAACAUGGAGGCCGUGGACGAGGGCACCGCCCACCUUCUUGUCCCAGACGGAACUAAGGCUGAGAUGUUUUACACAGCCUAUGAAAUGUUUGAAGGACAUAGACAGCCUGGUGAAGUAAUGAAGCCCAAAGUCACAAUCCUCCCAACGGUCCUGAAAGUCCAACAGGGCCAACGUGCUGAGUUCCGCUGCACCGCCAUCGGCAGCCCGGCACCUUCAAUUGAGUGGACAGGAGGUCCAGGUAACCGUAUCAGCAGCAGAGCAAUCAUCCAAGGUGGAGUUCUCAGCUUCCCCUCUGUGCAGCGCUCUGACGAGGGCGAAUACACCUGCAGAGCCAUCAACACACAGGGAGAACAUACAGCCCGGGUGGUCCUCUACAUCUACAGUUCACCUGCUGAUGAGGAGGUGAAGCCCACAGUCACGAUUCACCAAUCAGUACUUGGAGCCCAAGAGGGCACACGGGUUGAGUUCCGCUGCACUGCCACUGGCAACCCUGCUCCUUCCAUUGAAUGGACAGGAGGCCCAGGAAACCAUAUCAGUGGAAGUGCCGUUAUCAGAGGUGGAGUUCUUACCUUCCCCUCAGUGCAGCGCUCUGAUGAGGGCGAAUACACCUGCAGAGCCAUCAACACACACGGAGAACAUACAGCCCGGGCGGUCCUCUACGUCCACAGUUCACCUGUUGUUGAGGAGGUGAAGCCCACAGUCACGAUUCACCCAUCAGUACUUAGAGCCCAAGAGGGCACACAGACUGAGUUCCGCUGCACUGCCACUGGCAACCCUGCUCCUUCCAUUGAAUGGACAGGAGGCCCAGGAAACCGUAUCAGCGGAAGUGCCGUUAUCAGAGGUGGAGUUCUCAGCUUCCCCUCUGUGCGGCGCUCUGACGAGGGUGAAUACAGCUGCAGAGCCAUCAACACACACGGAGAACAUACAGCCCGGGCGGUCCUCUACGUCCACAGUUCACCUGUUGUUGAGGAGGUGAAGCCCACAGUCACGAUUCACCCAUCAGUACUUAGAGCCCAAGAGGGCACACAGGUUGAGUUCCGCUGCAUUGCCACUGGCAACCCUGCUCCUUCCAUUGAAUGGACAGGAGGCCCAGGAAACCGUAUCAGUGGAAGUGCCGUUAUCAGAGAUGGAGUUCUCACCUUCCCCUCUGUGCGGCGCUCUGACGAGGGUGAAUACAGCUGCAGAGCCAUCAACACACACGGAGAACAUACAGCCCGGGCGGUCCUCUACGUCCACAGUUCACCUGCUGAUGAGGAGGUGAAGCCCACAGUCACGAUUCACCAAUCAGUACUUAGAGCCCAAGAGGGCACACGGGUUGAGUUCCGCUGCACUGCCACUGGCAACCCUGCUCCUUCCAUUGAAUGGACAGGAGGCCCAGGAAACCGUAUCAGUGGAAGUGCCGUUAUCAUAGAUGGAGUUCUCACCUUCCCCUCUGUGCGGCGCUCUGACGAGGGCGAAUACAGCUGCAGAGCCAUCAACACACACGGAGUACAUACAGCUCGCGCGUUCCUCUACGUCCACAGUUCACCUGUUGGUGAGGUGGUGAAGCCCACAGUCACGAUUCACCCAUCAGUACUUAGAGCCCAAGAGGGCACAAGGGUUGAGUUCCACUGCACUGCCACUGGCAACCCUGCUCCUUCCAUUGAAUGGACAGCAGGCCCAGGAAACCGUAUCAGUGGAAGUGCCGUUAUCAGAGGUGGAGUUCUCACCUUCCCCUCAGUGCGGCGCUCUGACGAGGGCGAAUACACCUGCAGAGCCAUCAACAUACACGGAGAACAUACAGCCCGGGCGGUCCUCUCCCUCCAAAGUGCCAGUCUACCCCACGUGCAGGUCAGCCCCCAGCGGGUAGAAAUUCAUGAGGAUGAGACAUUACGCCUCUACUGCAGAGCUGGAGGCUCGCCUAGCCCGGUUCUGACUUGGAAGAAGAGAGGUGGAAGCCUUCCUCCUCAGGCCAUUCCCUCUCACGGUUUCCAUCAAUUUAAAUCCAACAAUCUCGAUGCGUUGCAGAGACGUAUUGACGAGAUGCAGGCUCGAAUGGAUCGCACCGACUACGGCACCCUGAUCAUCCCAGACAUGAAGCUCUCGGACGCCGGCACGUACCUGUGUAUCGGCACGAACUCCGUCGGCUCCUCCGAGGAAGUCAUCGACGUCACCGUGAUAAAAAGUGAGACCGUUCAUUCUGAUAUCACCAUCCAAAGCACAACUAGCACCGUGGUGCAAGGAGAGACACUAGAACUGAACUGCGUCGUCCGAGGAAACCCUCCGCCUCGUGUCAUAUGGAGCAGACCCAAUGGUUUAGGCCUAUCCUCAAACCACCAGGUUAUCGGAUCCAAGCUGCGCAUUGUUCAGGCGUCUCCAGACGACACCGGAGAGUACAUCUGCAGGGUGUACGGAAGCCCAAGCACCGGCCAAGCGACCGUCUACGUCUCCGUUACGACCGAGGCAGUCCGUCACCAGAGCCCGAUUAUCUCCAUCGAGCCCCACAGUGUAAUAGUGAAGAAGGGCGAGUCGGCCAGCUUCAAGUGCCGAUUACACACCGGAGCUCAGCCUGUCCACCUUGAAUGGAAACGCUCUAAUAACGAGCCUUUACAUGAUAAUAUGAAGGUCAGUGAAGACGGUGCAGUUCUCACCAUUUCCAGUGCACAGCCAGGAAACCAGGGAGCAUACCGCUGUGUGGCCAGAAACCUAUACGGAAUCACACACAGCAUCGCGUCUCUGAUCGUCAGAGAACUCCCCAAAGCCACGGUGACACCCUCAGGACCAGUCAGAGUGAACGUGGGUGAACCUAUUAACCUGGAAUGCCAGGCAGCUGGAGAACCACGACCUUCUGUCACCUGGCACAGGCUGGAUAACAAUCGCAGGACCAUGAUGAGCAGCCCUGUGCCCAUGGAGUCUAACGCUCUCAUGCAGAUUUUGGUUGCACGGCCUGAGGACAGUGGCACAUACAUAUGCACAGCUCAGAACAGCCAGGGCAAAUCAGAGACCCGGGUAGAGGUGACUGUCCACGGUGGAGCCAAGGUGCCGACUGUGCCCGUUGCCUUCGUCCAAGACCCCCUGCUGGUUGUAGUAGAGGGGGCAACUACAGUUCUUCACUGUGAUGCCCAUGGAUUCCCAAAACCCACGAUCACCUGGUCGAAGCUCCGUGCACCUCUUCCGUGGGGACAUAAGAUAGUCAAUAACAGUCUGGUGUUGCCCAGUGUGGGACGACAGGACUCUGGGCAGUACAUCUGCAACGCCACUAACAACUUGGGCACCAGCGAAGUUACCAUCAUGGUGGAUGUCGAAACACCGCCAUACACCACUACUGUGCCUGAUGACGUGGCAGUGCGAGUCGGCGAGGUCAUCAGACUGCAGUGUCUGGCACAUGGAACACCACCGAUGCGUUUCGAAUGGAGCAAAGUGGACGGCAGGCUUCCCGCCCGGGCUAAUGUGCAGGGAGGAGACCUACAGAUCAACCUGGCUGCCUCAAACGACGCAGGAACCUACAAGUGUGUGGCCAUCAAUAAAGUGGGCAGGAGCGAGGCUGUAGCUAAAGUGUCUGUACGAUCAUCGUUGUCGGUCCGAGUCUCACCCCAGGUGGAAGUCAAGGCUCUGGGAAGUGCGGUGGAAUUCACAUGCUCAGCCAGUGGAGGACCAGAGAUCACUCUGGAGUGGCUGAAGGAGGGAGGACCACUUCCACACAAUCAUCACAUUAAAGAUGGAGUUCUGAGGAUCGAAAACUUGGAAAAGAGCAAUGAGGGAAUGUACAUCUGCAGAGCAACCACACUGUUUGGCCAGGCGCAGGAUACCGCUAAACUCACCAUUCAAGCAUUGCCCAAGGUGAUGAUUAACGUGCGCACGUCGGUGCAGACGGUCACCGUGGGCACUUCGGUGGAGUUCGAGUGCCACGCCGAGGGCGACCCUGCUCCAACCGUGCGCUGGAGUAAAGUAGGAGCUCCGCUGCCUGAUCAUGUGCAAGUGAAAGGGCCCAUGCUGAGAAUCGAGCACGUAACUGAGGUUGAUGCCGGCCAGUACCGCUGCACUGCAACCAACAACGUCGGCUCCGUUCAGUCUCAAGUGGUCCUUAAAAUUCAGUCUUUGCCCCAGAUUGCUGCUCAGCCUGAUACUAAGGAAGUGACCGUCGGCUCGACUGCGAUUUUCCCCUGUAUUGCCACUGGAUACCCCGUUCCAAAUAUCACAUGGUCAAAGGUGGAGAACGAACUACCACCAAAGUGUAUGCAGGAUGCCCAUGUGCUCACUGUCCCAGACGUCACCCAUGAGGAUUCUGGCACGUAUGUGUGUACGGCGUCAAACAAGCAGGGCAAAGUGCAGGCCUUUACCAAACUCGACGUGCACGAGCGCGUGAUGCCAUAUUUCAGUCAGGAGCCUCUGUCCUACCUCAAGCUUCCUACCAUCAAAAACUCCUAUAAAGCAUUUAAGAUUAACAUCACAUUUAGACCAGACAACGUGGACGGUCUCGUUUUGUAUUCCGGAAUGAUCUUGUAUAACGGGCAGAAGAAGACCAUGGGGGCCGAUUUCAUCUCUCUCGGGCUCGUGGGUGGUCGCCCUGAGUUCAGGUUUGAUGUGGGCUCCGGCAUGGCCACCAUCCGCUACCCCACUGCGAUUAAGCUCGGCGAGUUCCAUACGGUCCAGCUUUACCGUAACGGCACACAAGGGUCCAUCACGGUGGACGGUGAAGCUCCCAUCAACGGCACCUCUCAGGGCAAAUUCCAAGGGCUGGAUCUGAACGAGGAGCUGUUUGUAGGCGGCUAUCCGAACUACAGCAUGAUCGGCAGGACAGCGGAGCUCAACAGCGGCUUUGUUGGCUGCAUUAAACAGCUGAUUAUCCAAGGAGACGAAGUUAUUUUCAAGGAUCUGGACAGAAGUUCAACCGGUGUGACUAACUGCCCCACCUGCAAGGAUUACCCCUGUCAGAAUGGCGGCGUGUGUAGGGACUCGAAAGCCAGUCUGUACAAGUGCAGCUGUCCGAGAGGUUUCACCGGAAGCAACUGCCAGCACCUCUCAUCCGAACACUGCCAUCCAGAGGCUUGUGGCCCUGAUGCUACCUGUAUUAACCGACCCAAUGGCUUGGGCUACGACUGCCGCUGCCACCUCGGCAAAUACGGACACAAAUGCAUGGAGGGCACGCUGGUGACGACGCCGCUGUUCAACAGCGACGAGUCGUAUAUCGCGUACCCUCCUUUGACUAACAUCCAUAACGACUUGCGCAUCGACAUGGAGUUCAAACCCAUGGACGAAGAUGGCAUGAUGUUCUUCAUCGGUGGGAAGAAGAUGAAGGUGGAAGACUUCGUCACACUUUCACUUGUGGGCGGAUAUGUGGAGUUUCGUUAUGAGCUCGGCACAGGCCAGGCCAUACUGCGCAGUCAGGAGCAGGUAUCUAUAGGACAAUGGCACCAUGUGACAGCAGAGCGCAUCAACCAGGAUGGCCUUCUGAAGCUGGAUGAUGCACCCGAGGUCAGGAGGUCAUCUCCUGGGAAGGCCCAGGGCCUCAACGUCUACACACCCAUGUACCUGGGUGGUGUGCCCACGAAGGAAAUCCUGCCCAAACCUGCCAAUGUCAGCAUGUUCUUUGAAGGCUGUGUCGGAGAGCUGUCAAUCAAUGGGAAGAAAAUCGAUCUGUCCUACACGUUCACAGAGAGCAGGGCCAUCAGUCAGUGUGUUGACGUGAGCCCAUGUGACCGCAGACCGUGUCAACACGGUGGCACCUGCAUGCCCACCGCUGAGUAUGAGUACCAGUGCCUUUGCAGGGACGGCUAUGAUGGAGAGCGCUGUGAGGUGGUGAAAGACACGUGUCUGUACUCGUCUCAGUGCCAUAACGGAGGCAGCUGUGUGAACGGUCACUGUGUGUGUGCCGCAGGUUACUCAGGAGUCUUCUGCAAAGAAGGGCAGGAAGCCAUCGUCCCUGAGCCGCAGUGGAAUUUGGAGGGCAGCGGGGUGAACGAUUCCCCAAUACAAUACUCUGCAUAUUUCCAUGAUGACGGCUACCUCAGCCUCCCCAAACCCAUGUUUCCACGCAGUGCUCCUGAGUCACCUGAGACCAUUGAGCUGGAGAUAAAGACUAUCUCUACUGAUGGCCUUAUUCUGUGGCAGGGGGUGGAGUCCUUAGCUGCCUUGAUCCUGCACAAGUCACAUGCUCACAGCAAGGCAUCAGCUCUCCGUAAGCAGCCACCCAAACAAGAAUUAAGAGAGCAAGGAAAGGGCAAGGAUUUUAUAAGUCUUGGCUUGCAAAAUGGACAGCUGGUGUUCAGUUACCAACUAGGCAGUGGGGAGGCAGAAAUCCUCUCAAAUGAACGCAUUAAUGAUGGACGCUGGCACAAAAUCACUGCAGUCAGGACAGGAAAGCAAGGCUACAUCCAGGUAGAUGACAGGACGGCUCAGCACGGACACUCGCCCGGCAGGAGUGUCAUGGUAAACACCAAGGGCAGCAUCUAUCUGGGUGGAGCUCCAGACAUGGCCACUCUCACUGGUGGGAAGUUCUCCUCGGGCAUCACGGGCUGUGUGAGGAACCUGUCUCUGUUUAAUGCCCGGCCAGGAGAACAGCCGUCGCGGCCAGUCGACCUGCAGCUCCACGCUGAGGACGGCAAAAACGUGCGGCGCUGCUCAUCGUAGGCAAAAAUGCCAAAACGCCACCUAGAGACUGAGAAACCUCUCAUACACAUACCGCAGGAGAGACAUGAAUCUCUACAGGACUUCAUUUGCAUUUUAACCUACACACACACACACACACACACACACACACACAAAAUACAAGAGACUUCUCACACACGUACCCACGGAUCGCAAAUGCAUUUCACCUCAGAUUUAACCUCCGUACACACACUUACAGUACAGAAGAGACGUACAGGGUUCUCUGAGACAGCCAAAGUGUUUUUGCUUUGUGUUUUAUCAUACACACUCACACACUGAUGUAAUCUCUUGGUGCCUUACUGCUGCCAAAAAUCUUUUUUUUUUUUCUUUUUUCUUUUUUACUCUGUGCUGCAUAAACCAAAAGAAAACACUACAUCUUUUACCAAGUGUUGUGUAAUGAAGGAUGAUUAACAUGGGAUAUCAGUUUACAGUACAUAGUCCUGCAGUAGCUUUUUUUAACCAUGAUUAAAAAAAAAUAGAGAGAGAAAGAGAGAAUAUCUAAGAAACAAAUACAUGACAUGCCUUCACUGAUGGCUCAGAUCAUAUGUGGUCAGAAAAGAUGUUUUUACAGCACUGAAUUCUUAUUUAUAUGCAUAUGAAUAUAUGGAGCUAUAUUAAAUAUUUGUGUCAGGAACGAUGCUAAUUAACCCUAGCCUGUUUUUUUUUUUGUUUUGUUUUUUUUUUCUUUGAGUUGAUUCUAGGUCCUAAUAAUGUGUCUGAAGCUUGUGCGCUGAGCUGUGUUUAAUACUUGAAGACUCUGCAUCCUUUUUGUUUAACUCUCUGUUUUCUCUGGUUUAGAAACUCCUAGAAUGCAGGGACUGGGUUUAUAUACACUGGGAAGGUCCUAACUCCAAAUACACUCCACAUCUCAGGUGACGAUGAUGCAAAAGAUUAGAAAAGCUGCGAAUAUUGAAACGGAGCGAUCGUUUUAUUUGGGAGAUUUUUUUCCCCCGUGGUUAAUAUUUAAGAGAAACCAUCAACCUUCCAUACGUUAACCUCUAAAUUACUGGUGUAUAUGAAAAACCCAAUGGUGCUAAACAUACUGCAAGCACAUACUCUUCUGUUUUCUGCCAAUGAAUUGCUUCUGUGUUUCUAAUGUAACACGUAUUGUAAGUAGCAAAAACCACAAGUUUGCAAUAAAAGUAUUUUUUGCUUAACGCCAA